UCGUCCCUCAGCCCCACGUAAGCUUUUCUUGGGUCCACCUAACCUGUAGGCAGGACACGUUCCCAAGCCUUAUCUUCCCGACCGGCCUUAUCUUCUUAGCCACACACUCAUGCGUCUUCUACCUCCGUACAUCAUACCGCUGCACAUCAUUACGCCAUGGAUUAAUCACCCCUUGGCGCGUGUUUCUAGCUGAAGGGAGCGGCGAGGCCGGCCGGUGGCACCGCAACCCACGCUGCUGUCCGACAAGCUACAAGCGGGUCGCGAGGGUGCUACAACCGCUGGCCACGGCUGCUACGGGGGUGUUUGGUUCCCUGUAUUGCAUGGGGCUCGCAUCCACCAUGCAAAAUCUGGGUGUUUGGUAAGCUGUAUGGGCCCUUUAGCCUGGCCCGGUGGAUGCAAAAGCAGGCCCCCCUCAGCCCCUGCGUUUCUCUCGUGCAGGCUGGUUCCUCUUUCUCCUUCCUCUCCCUUCUGCCUCUCGUGCGCCGCCGCCAAGACCCCACCGACCAAGCCCCGCCUCAUUCGUCUUUCUCAAGCACCACCACCUCCGUUCUGCUCAUCAAGCGCCGCCGCCGUCCUCUACCAAGCGCCGUCGCCGCCCUUGUCAAGGUCCGCCAUCUUCGUUCGCCUCCACCAAGCGCAGCCGCCGCCGCCGAAUCUUGCCUCCUCGUGCCGCCGCAGGGAAGAACACCGUGUUAGCUGGUGGGUUUCCUCGACCAAGCGCGGCCGCCGCUGCUGCCAUUGUCUGCGGCCAUCUUCCUUCGUCUCCAGUAAGCGGCGCUCCGCACGCCAGAUCCGGCCGCCGCAAGGAAGGAUCCAACUAUGUGGAACCACCGAGCCGUGAAUCCCGUUGCUUCGCGCUGGUGCAUGCUCCUCCUUCCGCAUAUUUUUCAGCAACAUUCAGAAAAAAUCCACCUCGUACAGCCAUGGUAUACACAGGGAACCAAACACCCAUCUUAGCUCAACUUUGCAUCAGCUCAGCCAGGCCGUGGUCACCCAGGUUCCCCCGUGCAAUGCAGCCGAAAGCCACCCAGGCAACCAAACACGCCCUACAACCACCGGCCAUGGAUGAUGCAGCGAUGGUGGCGAGAUGGCAUGAUUGUGCAACCGGAGAUCGCGUCGCCGUUGCCGGCAAGGACGCAAGCCUCAAGUGGGAGCUGCAACCGGCCUGCGCUGGGCUGGAAGCCUGCAACCUGUGUAGUGCGGGCCGUGAACCGGUGGCGUGCAAAGUUGCAGCGGCGGUGGCGCCGUGGCGGCUGGGCGGCGGUGGUUGCUGUCAUGACUAAGUCCGGCGACGAGGGAAGCUGCAACCGUGGGGCGGAGGUGCUUGAACCUUCGUGCGGAGGUGCUACGACCGCCAGUCCGAGAUGCUGGAAUCGUUAAUGGUGUUUUACACCCAGGCGGCACCGGUGCUACAACCGUUGUUUUUUCUUGCUCGCACCGCCGGCGAUUUUUGCUGGAACCGGCUAUCGAUUUUGUUGGGGAUCCUCAAUGGGUGGUGCUUUUUGCUGGAACUAGCGUUUGAUUUUGCUGGAAGCGGCGACUGAUUUUGCUGCGAUUUGGGCCACACCAAAGCGAUAAUUUUGCUGGAACCCGCCGACAGAGAAUGUUACAACCGGCGAUUUUUUUUUUGGAACCGGCGAUGAUUUGUGCUGGGACCGGCGACUGUUUUUGCUGGAUUCGCGAUGAGGAGUGGUUUCUUUUGUGGCGACUGGCUAUGAUUUUUGCUUCGACCAUUGAAGGAUUUUUCCUGUGACGUCCCUGCUAAUGAUGGAGGCGACGGGGAAACGGGGUGAUGUGGCCGGCAUCCACAGGUGCUGGAGGCGACACACGGCCUCGCUGCCACGAGCAGCCUCGUCGGGGGAGGCUGUGGCGAGGCGCCUGUCGUCGCACCCCGUGCUGCAACGGGACGCGGGCAGGGCUGCGACAGCACCAGAGACCAGACCGCGCGCCACGACGACCGCGACUUGCCGCUGCACGCCGCCGCGACCAGCGCUACAUCGUUGGGUCCUGGGGCUAUGGGCCUAUGGUGAGGGGGAAGAGCGACCUGCAAAUCAGCCGAGGGCAGUGCGAGCAGAGAACAACAAGAAAAGAAACGUGCGAGGAAGAAGAUGUGGGGGAGAAAGAUCAGACGGCUGCAUGUAAUUGAAUCGUGGGGCUAGCACGUGACCGGCCGAAAGCUAGCGCCGGCGGACCGGUGCCUAGCAUUGGCCUAAAUAAUUUAGCUCGAAUCCACAGAGGACAUACUUCACUUUCAGUGAUGAAAAAAUAUCUUUGAGCCUUUUUCACUUUUAUUAACGACAGAAAAGAUGUGUCUAUCGCUUGUUGUCUCUUGUUUGCGCCUCUGCUGAGUAGUACCGAGCGGUCUCUUUCUGGUUCAAAAUCUGACCACCCAAUGAGCAGCACCCAGCGCGCCAGGUCAUCACCAACGAUGAGAUAGAGAAGUGGAUGAGAUUCCACUUCGCCGCAGCCCCAUCAUCGUCUUCCCCCCUUCAAUCUCCAAGCCUCCAAAUCAAGAAGCUCUGGGAGACAAGCUCCGGCCGUGAGCGACAAUGCCGCUCUGCAGCUUCUACGCCUCCACGUCCCUCCCGGUGGCCAAGCCCCACUCCCUGCCCUCCUCCGCCAAGCUCCCCUCCACCGCCGCCGCGGCGAUCACCACCGUGCAGCCAAAGAAGUCGCCGCCGGCCGUGGCUGCGGCCGCGGCGGCGACCGUCCUGCCGACGACGGCCGAGAACACAGCGUCCAUGACGCCGGCGGAGGCGCUGUCUCUGCACCUGCCGGAGCUGCCGUCGGCGAUGCGGGACAAGAUCCUGAGCCUGGAGCUGAUGGGGGUGGACUACGGGCGCGCGCUGUCGCUGAACCCGGCGCUCCGGGACGCGGCGCCGGAGUCCAUCCACGCGGUGGUCACCUUCCUGCAGUCGCGCGGGCUCCACUUCAAGGACCUGGGCCGCGUCUUCGGCAUGUGCCCGUCCGUGCUCACCGCCAGCGUCCGCGCCGACCUCCGCCCCGUCUUCGCCUUCCUCACCGACGACCUCGGCGUGCCGGAGGCCGCCUACCGCCGCGUGGUCGUCAAGUGCCCGCGCGUGCUGUCCUGCAGCGUCCGCGACCAGCUCCGGCCGGCGCUCAUCUACCUCCGCCGCCUCGGCUUCCGGGACAACCGCGCGCUGGCGUUCCAGGACCCCAUCCUCCUCGUCUCCAGCGUGGAGCGCACCAUGGCGCCCAAGCUGGAGUACCUGGCCGGGCUGGGCAUGUCGCGGGACGACGCCGUGGCCAUGGCGCUCCGCUGCCCGGCCCUCUUCACCUUCAACGUGGAGAGGAACUACAAGCCCAAGUUCGAGUACCUGGUGGAGGAGAUGGGCGGCGGCGUGGAGGACGUCAAGGCCUUCCCGCAGUACUUCACCUUCAGCCUCGAGAAGCGGAUCGCGCCGCGGCACCGCGCAGCCGCCGACGCCGGCGUCGACCUGCCGCUGCCGGACAUGCUCAAGGCCACCGACGAGGAGUUCAGCGAGAUGCUCGAGAGGAGGAGGAGGAGCGGAUGAAGCGUGCGGUAUGGCCGCCGGCCGGCCGGCUGAGCGCGCCGUGCGCCAUGCUCAUGCACGCAGGCGGCCGGCGGGUGCUUUGUACACUUACCACCGAGCUAUGGCGACCAGGGCUUGCACUGUACAUAAUGAUCAAUGGUUGAUGCCACGGCUCCUGAGUCCUGACUCACAGCGUGAAGUGAUGAUGCUUCUUUCUUCUGUAGAGGAUGUGUAAGUACCAAUGAAGUAGUCGGGUGUGCCACGUGUAUAGUGUUCGUAACACAUGUUGGGGCUGUAAAUAAAGUCAUGGAGGAAAGUUCAAUCGGGA